AUUCUACGUUUGGAUCAUGGACGAGCGCAUAUGGCAACACGUUUCCUAUAAACCAACACAUGCUCAUUACUGCAUCAAUUUGUUGUCUGGUUGACGUUUGACAGCCGGAGCUUGGUGUGAAUGGUCAUUUGAUAGUCAUUUUACGUGUACUUUUUCUAAUUUUAAAUCACGUUUUACUAAUUAAUCCACAAAAUAUUGAAUGAAAUUGAUGUGCGAUUGAAAGCAGUUCGAGUUUGAGACGAUAUUUGAAGAGGAAAUCCAAAGUAAUAUUCAUAAUGGCAGGAAUUGAGUCGAUGAUUGUUGAAGAGAAGCAACCACCCACCAAACAAAUCGAUCGAGAAAAGACGUGUCCAUUGUUGUUGCGUGUAUUCUGUUCGACCGGUCGUCAUCAUUCGCCUCAGGAGUUUCAACAUGGGAAUGUGCCGUCAAAUGAAUUACAAAUUUACACAUGGCAAGAUGCUACAUUGCGUGAAUUAACUGCCCUUGUACGCGAUGUCAAUCCAGAAACCCGUCGAAAGGGUACCUAUUUCGAUUUCGCUUUAGUUUCACCCGAUCCCUACAAUCAGGGCUAUCGAAUGCGUGAAAUCGGUGUUACCUGUUCAGGACAACGUAACGCUGACGAUGGACUGUCAUUGGCACAAGCGAAAUUCACAAUCGGUGAUUAUAUGGAUAUAAAUAUUACGCCGCCAAAUCGUGUGCCACAACAACGGCGUCGACCAUACUAAACGAACGAGCAUUUUCUUUGUCAAGAUUUCGUAUAUGACUACUUUUAUAGGUUUUCUGCUGCAUUUUCCCCCCUUGACCUCAAUUCAGUUGUCUUCUUCUUCUUGCAUGAACUAAUUUGAGUUGUUUUUUUUAAACGCAUCACAAAUGACUCACAGCGAAAUAGAAAGACUCAUCAUUUAUUCGGUUUGUUUCUCACAAUCAUUACAUUCGCAAUAUAAAAAAGUAUUUCGUUUUUAGCAAUCAUUUUGUAAAAUCUUAAUCUAAAAAAUAAAAACAAAAUUUAUAGAAAGAA